UUACCCCCGACACCGACAAACCGAGACUUAUUUUAAAGCACCAGAGGGCAAUGGUCUUCAGUGGGGGGCUGGUCCUGGGACUUCACACCUUGAUGACCCUCCUGAGCCCCCAGGAAGCUGAGGCCAUCAAGGCCGACCACAUGGCCUCCUAUGGACCAGCCUUCUACCAGUCCUAUGGCGCCUCGGGUCAGUUCUCCCAUGAGUUUGAUGGGGAGCAGCUGUUCUCUGUGGAGCUGAAGAAGAGGGAGGCUGCCUGGCGUCUGCCUGAGUUUGGCGACCUCACCCGCUUUGACCCGCAGAAUGGCCUGGCCAGCAUCGCGAUGAUCAGAGUCCAUCUGGACGUAUUGGUGGAACGCUCCAACCGCACCAGAGCCAUCAACGUGCCUCCAAGAGUGACCAUACUCCCCAAGUCUCGAGUGGAGCUGGGCCAGCCCAACGUCCUCAUCUGCAUUGUGGAAAACAUCUUCCCCCCUGUGAUCAACAUCACCUGGCUGCGUAAUGGUCAAACAAUCACCGAGGGGGUGGCCCAGACCAGCUUCUAUUCCCAGCCUGACCACAUGUUCCGCAAGUUCCACUACCUGACCUUCAUUCCCUCAGCUGAUGACUUCUAUGACUGCAAGGUGGAGCACUGGGGCCUGGCAGAGCCGCUCCUCAGGCACUGGGAGCCUCAGGUGCCUAUCCUGCCGCCAGACAUCACAGAGACUCUGAUCUGUGUCCUUGGCCUGGCCAUUGGCCUGGUGAGCUUCCUCGUGGGCACCAUCCUCCUCAUCAUAAGCACAUGCUUGUCCGGUGCCCCCAGGCGCAGAGGCCCUGGGCGUCUGGGGAAGGAAAGUAGGUAAUGACGAUUCUGAGAGAAACGGAUAGUGGGAGACACCCUAAGGAUUCCUCGCAAGUUUCUGACAGCCUUUGCAUGUUCAGUGCCACAGUCUACUAAGUACAUCCCCACUGUGCUAACUUUGAAUGGGAUUAACCUCUGUCCCUUUGUGGCCCCAGUACUCAUGGCAGGACUUGGGGUGGGGAAACCAACCAUCUCCCCUUCACACUCCUAACACAGACACUCAUGUUUUCUUGCUCUACUCAAAGUUCUGGCUAACAGCAGUAACUUCUUUAAGUGUUUUUCACUGUAUCCUUUUUGCCAGGUCUUGGCCAAUUCUCCCAGGGUGUGAGGGAUGCUGGAAUCUCGAAGAGGGGAUCCUGGGUGAUGACCACUAAGAGUGACCACCUGGUACUUGGGAUUGGCAGUCAUCCUCAGGCCAGUCCAGCUAUGGCUUGCUCCAUUUGACUCAGCAAUUUGGUGCCCACUGUGUGUUACUUGUGCAUGGGCCAUUUCACAAGGAAUUCAUGAGAUUUGCCUCCUGAAAUCAGAUUUUCCCUGAAAGGGAUACAGAGUACCCUCUUAGUUGCAACUCCCCUCAACCAACAGCAGUUUUCUGCAGGGCUCCAGGAGAGGAGAGGAGAGGAGAGGUUCAUGGGAAUUCCACUCUUGUCUAGAUUUACUCCGUAAUGAAGAGGUCAUUGGUGUCCAGCUGUGAUCUAUGCCAUCAUCUCUUUUAUCUACAUUCCUUAGAGUCUCGUGCAUGACAAAGAGUGGUCCAAGGCUUAGACAAAACCUCCCUCAACCUGGGGUCAAAUGUAUUAGGUAGGAGGGUAGCAGAAUAGAUCUGCAAGCCGUCUGGUGAGAGGGGAGGUCUGAGAGAUCCAUCUGAGUGCUCUCUGAAUACGUGGCCUGGAAGAUUUUAGUUUACUGUGAACAAAAUUUUAAAAACACACAAAGAGACAAGUAACCGUACAAAAUAGUUUAUAUCAAGUACCAAAUGAGUGGUGUACAGAUUAGUAGUUUUCAAUCAGAGAUGCACAUAAGAAUCACUUGGGAGUUUUAAAAAAGUACAGGCGUGCUUCACCCAGAUCUACUGAAUCAGAAUCUUGGGGGUCGGGGGAGUGGUGACAGGGAGUCUGUAAUUUUUAACACGCUCCAGAUGAUGCUGACGCAGCCAUCCUGGACCCAGUCUGGUAACUGGGACCCACUGACAUAAUCUGUGCUAUUAGGACUCAUUGGAAGAAGGGAUCUGGAAGGUCUGAGGGGGUCUAGGAAGGCUUUCCAGAGAACCUGGCUCUUUUAGGGCAUAGAAUUUGAGCAAGACACAAGUAAGUAGGGGCAAGAUUGGAGUUUGUAUUGUGAGCAUUUGGUCCUGGAAAAGAAAGACACCAAGAUAUUAUGGGGUCUCUGUGGACUUCCCAGGAGAGAGUAAGUUGGGAGAAAUCAAUGGCCAGAAGACUCUGCUGGAAAUGAGGGAGGACCGUCUAGUCAAGGUUUUUGUUUGCCAGUAAUGGAAACCCUCUUAAAAUGGUCACAGACAAAAGGAGAGGAUAUUUACAAUAAAGACACAGGAGUGGUCUUUACCCAGAACACAAGAGUAGGUUUUAGCCAGGCCUCAGAGGGAGCAGAACUCAGAGCUGAAAAGCCAGCAGAACCUAGAGCAGCCUCUCUCGCUUUCUCUCUGGGCUAUGUGGUCUGUGUUCUCUAGGUCCCUCUGCAUGUUUGCCGUAUUUUUCUCUCUGGGACUGACUGUCCUUUUCAGCUCGUGUGUCCACCAUACAGCUCCUGAGUUUGACUAUCACCUCAGCUCUAGCCACCCACAGAGACUGCCAAUCACAAUUUUAAAUUCUUGGAAAAAUAAAUGACUGGCCAAACUUGGGGCAGAUGUCCAUCCCAGACCAAUGUUCUGUGACUGUGGGACAAUGUACAUGUCCCAUAAUGUAAUCAUGGCUGCCAAGCACCCACCCCUGAGGUGAGGGGUCAGGUUGUUCUCAGAGAAAGAAGAAUGGGUUGGUUCUCAGAAGACACCAUGAGAUUUGUCUGUCCCCGUAGCGCCCUGCUUUCUGCUGAUCUUUUGCUUAAAAGUUUUCACUUGCAAGCUUGGAAAGGCAUUUCUCUGAUCUCUGUCCUAAGGUUUAAUAAAGUCAUUAAAAGUGUC